GAUUAUUCGAAACGUACUUUUAGAAGCGACCAAUUAAAAACCUAUGAUGACUGAAACCGAGAAGAAUGCCGUAGUCGCAACCGCGGAAGCAGAAGCUGAAGCCGAGGAAACUACCAAUGCCGAUAAUGAUGGAAAUGAGGGAGAAACUCAAAAGGACAAUGAGCACCAACGUAAAAUUAACGUCGGGAACUUACCCAAGGAUGUUACUGAACAGCAGCUUAGGGAUCACUUUGCCGGUCACGAGAUAGAGCGCGUUGAUAUUUAUCACUAUCUACGCAACACGCUGGCACUGUUGCUGUUUAAGGAUAAGAACAGCGCCCAGAAGGCGAUCGAUGAGAAGGAUGGGACAAUGUUGAACGAGCGUCGUUUGCGCAUUCACAUGGAGUACAUCACGAUUCGUUACACGAAGAAGGAUGUUAUUGUGAUGGUCGUCGACGAUGACAUGACCGAGGAAAAGCUCUAUGAUCUUGUGAAGGAACACAGCGAAGUGACGCAGGUAUUCAUCUUUCAUCCGCUGGGAUACGUGCAUCUUGGCAAGGAUGCCGAUAAAACCGCCGUGCUGGAGAAGUUGAAUUCUUCCGGAUUGAAGGCUUACGACGUGAACGGACGCGAUCAGAACCAGCACGUUGAUUUGUGGCGUGCGGCCAAACUGUUCUUCCGCAACCGCAACCGUGUGCAGCUGCUGAAUGUUCCGCAGAAAUGGGUCGAGGAUACUGAGGAGCUGAAGAAAGCUUGCUCAGAGGCCGGCACCAUUACGGAGGCGGUGGCUAACAACGUAAACCAAUCAUCGUCGAACUAUUACGCGCGGAUCUUCUAUGAAACGGAGGAGCAGGCGCAAAAGGCGGCCGAACUGCUGAAUGGCAAAGUGUUCGACGGAAAGCGCAUCCACGCCUUGCACCUGUCAUCCGCUCUGUUGCCGAACUAUAAAACAUCCGUCUACUUGACGUCACUCGACCGUUCCGUUACCGAGGAGCAAGUGUUCGAUCACUUCAAACAGUAUGGCGAUAUCGAUUUCGUGAAUCGACGUAACUGUGGAGAUAAUGCGAUCAUCUGCUUCAAGUCCGAAGAGGCAGUAGAGAAGGCACUUGCCUGCACCACGUUCCCGGCCCCAACCGAAGCCAACAAGGAAGCUACCAAACCGAUCACGGUGAAGAAAUAUGAUGGUCCUUUGGUGUUGCGCGUGGCUGCCGUGAAGCGAAAGGCUACGGCGCGCCCAACUGACGGAAAACCACGCGAUGGACGCUCGCAGCGUGGCGGUGAGGGUGACAAGUCGCUCAAAGAAACUCUGUUCAAGCUACAGACGCUGUAUCCAGUGUACGUGUCUAACAUCCCGUUCAGCUGCCCAUCACACGUGCUGAAAGAGUUCUUUUCGGCACAUGACGGCGAGGUAAAGUUCAUCUUUUCACCGCAGCAUUUGGCCUACCGGCUAAGCGCCCCGCAGCCGGUUAAAACAGCCAUGAUUUACUACACGCGCCGCAACGAUGCUCUGAAUGCGACCAAAAUGUUUGACAAAAAAGUGCUUAACAACCACCAUCUGUACGUGCUGCCCGGACGUGCCGAUUCGUUCUUCAACCAGCAGAAAACCCUCAAGCUUUCCAAAAUCAACGAAUCCCUGUCGGAGGAUGCCAUUUUCCGCAAGAUGCGCCCAUUAGGUAAAGUUGUACGAUUGACGAAAAAGAGUCGUUCGGUGGCAUUCGUUGAGUUUGUCGACGCUGCCGAUGUUGAAAAAAUUCUGAAGAUGAAACAAGACGAGCUGCCGGUCAGUUGUGUCUUUUCGAAGAUCACAAAAGACCUCAGCCGCCGCCUGUACAAUGAAUCUGAUCCUCGCAUUCUUGGCACCAUCGUUCGGCUGUUGCGCCGCAACCCGAAAAUGCUGAACAAGACGACCGGGGCAGGGCCGCUCAUGGGCACCAAUAAUAGUCCUCAUGCUGCCGGAGGUCCCGGUCCGUUCCACGGUGGCAAGCGUCCCCGAAUCAGUGGUCCACCUGGUUUCGGAAAUCCACCUCACUUCAAUCCCAAUAACGGUGGCAAUAAUAUGAAUAACAACCAAGCUAUUCAAGACCUUUUACGGUUGGCAUUUAUGUCCGGCAAGAACGUAGGCGAAAGCUUGGCGGCCGGUGGUGGCGGUGGUGGCAAUCAGGGCCACAACCGCGGCGGUAAUUCGUUCAACUCCGUCGACCCACCAAUUUCCAACCAAGGCGGCGGUAACAAUAGUGGCAACGCCUUUGGUGGUGGUGACGGUGGCUUCGGCGCCGGUGGCGGUGGUGGCCGCAAUCUGAACAACCGUCAAAACAACUCGAACUUCCGCGGCGGCAACCGCAACAACCAGAACUCUAACGUCGGUGGCAAUCGUGGCCUCGGCGGUGUUGGUGGCAAUAUCAACAGUAGCAACACUACCGGGAACAAUAAUUUCGGCAACAACCAGAACCCGAACAGUGGUGGCCCCCGUGGUGGCGGUGGUGGCAGUGGUGCCGCCGGCGGUUCCGUAGGUGGUGGCGGUGGUCUUAUGAACAACCGCAACAACAUGAACAACCGUAACAAUAACCAAAAUAUGAACAAACGUGGAGGAGGAAAUAUGCAGCAACAGUCGCCGUUGCAGGGUACGGUUGUUGGAGUUGCUUCGGGAGGCAACCAAAACAACAAUAGCAACAACAACAAUAAGGGAGGCAUGCGGGGCAAUAACCAGGCCCAGGGUCUCGCUAGUGGUGGAAUGGGCGGUAGUGGAGGAGCUGGUGGCAAUAUGGCUAUGGUGAAUCGUCCGAACAAUAUGGGCGGCGGGGGUAACCGGAACAAUCAGAACCGCAACAACAACUACAACGACAACAACUCGUUCGGUGGUGGUAGUAUGGGCGGUGGUAACAACAAUAGUGGGUUUGGAGGAGUUGGUGGUGGCAACAACUUCUCGAAUGACAACUUCGGUCGCAACAAUGAUAACAAUUUUUCCAACGACAACUUUGGCGGUGGUCGCAACGACAGUUUUUCGAACGAUACCAAUUUUGGCGGCGGCCGUAACAACUUUGGCAACCGUGGCAAUAACGACAACUUUGGCGGCAACCGUAAUGACAACUUUGGUAACAACAGAAACGACAACUUUGGUGGCGGCGGCGGAAACUCCAAUUUUGGAGGAGGUGCCAGCUCGUACGGCGGCGGCGCCGGCGGUAGUGGCAGUGGUGGUAGUCGCUUUAACAACGACAGCGAUGGUCUUUUCGGUGGCAACAAUGUGGGUGCGGCGGGUGGCAGCAACACUUUUAAUAGUGGCAUGAACAGCCGAGGCAACAACUCGUCCAACAAUCGCUUUAGCGAUGAUAAUGUUGGCGCUAAUUUUGGCGGCGGUGGCAACAGCAACCGUGGCGGCAACAACUACAACGAUAACAGUAGUUUCGGUAACAACAACCGCGGAAACAACCAAAAACCGCAGUCACUGUUCAAUCUGGGCGGUGGUGGGGGUUCCAUCGGCUCCGCUAAUUCCAAUAUGUCGUACAAUAAUUUCGGCGGAAACUCCAAUUCUGGCAAUGCCUUCCGCAACAACGACAACAACAGCGGCGGCGGAGGCGGUAAAAGCUGGACCAGUAAUAACAGCGGCCUCGGAGGAGGUGGCCGGUCCAACAAUAAUCAGGACAACAUCGGUCGUUUGGCCGGAAGCCUGUUUAGCCGCCGGUUUUAAGUACCUAAAGCCGGCUUUGCUUACUUGAUGUAAUGACCGAAGAGAAAGGAACACCACAUGCGUACCAAGUGUGCGCGCCGUGGCAGUAGACAGGUUUUCAAAGCAUAACGAGAUCGGUUGUAGAAUCAUACCAGUAUGUAAUUACUUGCAUAAGUUUUCACCAUCUUUUUAUUACCCACCAAUAUCCAGCCCAGCACAUCCUUCGGGAGGAGCGGGUCAGAAGGGCGCAAAGCAUCAGAAUGGAAGUUUAAUAGUAUAGACAGAACAGGAUUUUAUGUUUGCGAUGAUUGCGAUGCGUGGUGUCCACUAACCUGUGCGAUCUAUACUACAGUAGGCUUUAAUUUAUUACUUUACCUUUGACGACUUCCGAGUUCGUCCUUAUUUUAUGCUCAAAUCUGUCAUCUAUAGGCCUCCAAAACAAGGGUUUUCCUCUCUUUGGACGCAGUAGGCAGAGAGAGCUCUUGUUUUCGUGCAAAAAUGGCGCUUUAACGUUUUAAACAAUGUAAAUGAUAUACUUAAAGCGCAAUUAGCGAGGAACGACAUACCACAAAAUACUGAUUACGUCUCAGUUCGUGUACACCUAGCGUAGAGACAUGUCAACCUUUUCCUCUUACAUUGACCACAAAAUGUAUACAUCCGAGGAAGGAACAUGUGCUAAACAGAUGCGAUGACACGUAAAUCAUAAACUCUAGUUGUUAAGAUGAAUAAAUUUAGAGCGAUAACUAUCAACACAACAAACUAAGCAGAAUCAGGAUUGUAGGUAGGGGAAACCGACACCGAUAAGAAGCGUAAAUAGUGAACAAUACAUGUACGCGUUCGUGCACAACAAACCUUCGUUCAUGACUAGAAGCAUAGAAGCUCUAUUGCUACGCCAGUUGGUGAAUUGUGUAGCCGAAACUGUUUCCUAAAACCACGCAGGAGCUAUUUUGCUACAACAGUGACCAGCGUGUGUGUGUGCAUGCUGGCUUGAACAUAAUUUCGUCAAUGGAUCGCAAGACGACCAUUCAACCGUACGUGGGUUGCACUUACGCUGAAAUACGGUGGCUUCAAUUAGCUUGGGAACGUGGCGCAUGUUCUUUCAAAAGUAAUUGAAAAUUUAUCCUGAUUGGAGGAAGAGCCGUGCCUCAAUUUUUUUUUGCAACUCUAUUCCAUUCGAUGUUACACCAACAAAAGCUUGUAGCAUUUACUAUAUGUUUUCUCUAAAUAGUUAUAAUCGAGAAUGAUUGACCACAGAUGUUGUUGAUAUUAAACCAAAUAUUAAACAACUUCUGUCCAGUUAACAGUAAUUUGCUUUUUUGCGGGAACGAUCGCAAAGAAAUGAGCACAUACAGGCUCAAGUUGAUUUAAGUUUUGUAAAACAAAAUGUACCAACUGUCGAAUCACGGCACGCGCGCCGCGUUCUAUCUAAAGCAUGAUUUCUCUUCUCUCCAGACUCAGCUUCAGUAGCGCAUGAAACAACGUUUCGUAUAAAAGUACACCUUUCCUCACUUGGUAUGAGACGAGGAAAUGGAAUAAGAGUUUGAAAAAGAUAAAUUUAGAAGUUUAUUAUAAACUAGUAUUUCAACUCUUCUUUUACUGACGACUUUUUCACACACAAUUUGCGCUUCCCGUGGCAUAUGUUUUGCAAGCCGGUAAGAAAAUUAUCAUAGAAGAGAUAUCCUGAAUGUGCAGCAAUUAGGUCGCCGUGUUAGCAAAAGAGCAGAUACAUGUGAAGCAUUUGUUUUUAAUUACCGCAAAACGUUGGAAGAUGACUACAACACCUGCACGAAUGGCUCGUAAAUGUUUUAGCUGUAAGUUUGUGGUAGCCAAUAUUGAACUUUGACAGGCUGCAACUAAAUCUUUGUCCCUUAUUGCGCACGCAUAGACUGAGAAUUAUCGAAAUGUUUCGCAUAAAACAAUGACUCAGUCUUAGAGAACUUCCAGUGGAUUUGUAUGUCACUUGGCACCUUCGAAUGCAUAACUAUAACGAUACUAAAUAAAAUCUUACAAAACCAACCAUUAUCUGUACCUGGUUAUGAUUGUCUAGUUAUAUUUUCGUAAAAACAGACAAUGCAUUGGGAAUUUGUAUAAUACUUCCUAUUUCCUCUUUACAGUACAAACCAAGACAUAACUCCACUGAUGAAAUUCUGCAAGGUGCAACGCCAUGCCACACUACGUGUGCUCUUCAGUACUUGAAUAAGUAGUACAGUCCUAACGCACCGACGACCGUAUGCUAGCCUUGGGAGAGCAUUUUUAUAUUUAAAGUAGGGUACUUGGAUUAGUACUGGUGCUUCACAGGAGAACCUUAGCCUGGCAUGAUGUCUUGCCGUGAGCUUUACUUCGAACACAUUCGCAGAAUCGUUGCGUCAUCACGCUUGGGAAAGCAAUCAAUCGCAAGGACACAAUCACACCACAGGAGAGCUGCUCAUAUGAAUAUGUACGUCUGUUUGGCCGGAGGCGCGAGUUUUAUCUUUUCUGCACAGCAAAGCUAGUUCCGCCACCGGCUCAGGAGAAAAACAACCCGGACCGGGAACCAAAUUAAUCGCAGUCAAUGCCACAAAAUAAGCGCUUUGUCGAAUUUUGUAUCGCAGGGCGAUUAGUGGUCUCCCGAAUGUCAAGGCCACGAUGCUACCGCAAGGAUGAAAAGCCAGAGCAUAACUAUAUCCCCCCUCACUAUGAGCACAGAAAGUUUUCGUGCAUUACGUUUGAGUAAGUACACCUACCUAUUCGCAUCCUACACUAGAGAGCAUAUUAAAGUGGUCCGUUUUCUCGGCCUGCCGAGCCUGCGGUGGAGGACGGCAUCACAAUGUUCGCGCACUCAUAGUGCAGAAACGGCAAAAUCCGAUCAUAAAGCCAUCCACCUUAUCGGCAAAUGUUUGAUGGACUUAGUGAUACGGUGGAUGCUAUUAGUCAUUGAUUCGGUUUUUGUUAUAAAUUAAUGACAUUAUCUUUCUUAUGUUACGGGGGUCGGUUUAUUGGUAACAGGAUCAACAACCGUGCUAGUCCGUUCUGCCAGAGUACUAGGACAGCAUUGGUAACAAGAUGGCAUUACGAGGAGUCACUACAAAUGCUUACGAGGAAGUGCUGGGCUUAUCAUACCCGCCGUAUUCACCCAAGUUUCAUGGGCUGUUGGUGAUAGAUGGCAUUAAAAGUGAAGCAUUGCAUUGAACAACGCUAAAAGUGGCAGAAAAUUACAAAAUUUCGUAAAAAACGUAAACCUCUGGACGGUUACUGAAGUUGGUUUCUCACAACACACAGUAUUGAACGAGAACUGUGGCCCAAAUACCAGCGCUUCUAAAACGUUCUCGUUGCCCAACGCUGAACGUUCAAUUCCAAGGCAUAUUAUGGCGUAGUGAUUGCAACAACAACGAAAUACUUGAAUGCUGCGUCCUGACCCGGCCUAUUUCUCCGGUUGCUGCUACGUCACCUGCUCAGCCCUGGAGCUGGAGUUAGUAAGAACCAACACGCCGUAGACAGAUUGCUAUGCAGUAGCUGCAGUACAUACGAAAUUCCCCGGAAGAGGUCGCCAGACCGUGAUCAAAGCGAACAAAGACGCAAAGGGGUUUUCAACCUUAAAGAUGCCUCAAGCAUCGUGACCAAUGUGCUAUCCGAUAUCAUCGGGAAUGUAAGUAAAGUUGCCCACAAUACGUUUGCAUGACUUCGUAAGGGCACUAAUCCUAAAGCUUCUCGCCUACAGGUUUACCAAGUAUUUGCACUUCGUAAAUCUCUUCUCCUCAUCUAUAUGAUUGUGUUUCUUCUUGUACUAUUAUUGUUACGACCCGGUUCAAACGGCCGAUUAAAGAAAGUAUUCGAAUCCUGUUGCAAAUAGACAUCCACAACACACAAGGGCUAGAAAAUCGUCGCGAAACGCGAUUCAUAGUGGUGUUCACACAUGUGUUGGCUUUCAUCAAUAAUUGAUUAGGCAUCGGGUUGCCGGAAACAUGAACCUCAGUAUUUUUAUAUCUACAAACAGUUUUGUACCAAUUUGACGUCAGCUGACAUUAUUUUGUAGAAUUAACGAACGUUAUUUCUGUUACGAACAGUUCACUACUCACGUAUCUUUGAUCUUACUUUUAGUGUCCCGAGAUUCUACGAUGAAAAAAGCUCCUCAGGGAGUGUUUGUCAACAAAGGUGUUUUUACUAAAUGACUACUAACUUAAACUUCCUCCCAAAAGCACACAUGCAGCAGUUUGCGGCGGAGAGGCGGAGAGUCUUCGGCGGGGUAACUAUAAGGGCUAUCAAAUAACGUGAAUUGUAACAUCAAAUAAUUUAUUGCUUCAUUGUUUCGUAAUAAUUUCGCUCUGCUCACAAAUGUAAACGAAAGAUUCCAAUGUGUUUCGAUUCACAGAAAUCGAUACGAUUCCGUGUAACUGUUUACGCGGUGCAAACAAAAUGUGAUAAACUCGUAUAUUAGUAAUUAGAUAACUCGCGGAUAGUGUGUGCCAGUUGUUGGUGUGAAUGAAUUGGUUAUUGAAGAGAUCGAUCCACCCGAAUAACAUUUGCGGGUGGAUUGGUCGAAGGAUGUUUAAUAAAACUGUCCAAAUGUGCCCAGCAGCAUCCAUCCCCGGUGGUAGUAGCCAAAGAACGAUACGUGUCAUAGCAAAACACAAAACCGUGGAGGGACGCAGAGGAUCGAUGUUCAAAAACGAUUGCUCGUCAGGGCCAUUUCGAACAUCGUGCUCGGCCCCAAUUCUGUUUAGUUGUUUUAACACACCCCUCUAUGCACUCGGAGAUGGUAACCACCGGGAACUUGCUGUUGUGCCGUUUGACUCAAAUCAAAAUUAUACUGACUUUCAUUUCCUCUUUUCUAUUACAUUUUUCCACCGCUCCGUCAUUUAUUACGUAACGCGGAUGGCGAUCGAUGUCCGUCCGCUCUGGUCUGUACUCUUUGGGGUUUCGUUCCUUCGCUUGCUGGUCUGUUAUUCGUUCCACCACACGCGGGUACACCCAUCGGUUUCUUCCGGUUCUCUGUGGCUCUCGGCACUCCGGUGUUACGGUGAUGUUGUUUGUAUUACUCCGCUUGCACGCGAAUCGGUGGUGACGCGUUAAAAGACACCUUCGACGAUGAACGGUACUAUCAGGCGAUCACACCUAC